AUGGAUGAUUCUGGUUUUAUGUACUUCUUCAAAACAAGGCAAGGUGAACUUGAGGGUGAUCAAAUCCCAGAAGACUACGAACUUGAAGUUGUUGACCCCGAUUUGCAGGGACGAUUUCGUUGUUGCCAUGCUUUGAUCGAUCGGGAGAAACCCGAUUCCCUGCAAGUUGUUACAACAUUGGAGCAAAAACUGUUUAAUCAGCACAGUUACAUCCCGUCUGGGCAGCCAGUCCCAGAAUUGAUCCAGACAAGCUGCAGAUGCGACAUCUUGAACUUUACCGAAUCCUUGCUGAGAGAUGAAUGCAACGCCAACCGAAGCAAAUUCCUGAUAAUUGUGAUGUUUGGACCAUUGGCGGGAUGUAAUGAUGAUGAGAUAGAGUUACAGGAGGAGAUAGAGAUAGAUACAGCUGGAGACAGAAUGGAUGUGGAAGUUAACGAACAUAGGUUUGUCCCAGCUAGUAAGUCUGCCAUUGAAGCCUUGGAGAACGUUUGUGGGUUGGGCGACAAUGAAUGUGUGAUUUGCCUUGGAAAUUUUGCUAAGGAACAGGAAGCUAAGCGCAUGCCCUGUGGCCAUGUUUUUCAUGGAGGCUGCAUUGUUCGAUGGCUGGAGAAGAGUCACUUGUGUCCGUUGUGUCGCUAUGCCAUGCCACUUGAUUGA